AAACCAACAUUAUCAUGCAUUGAAUUUCCUAGAGCACGCGCAUCUUGUUCUAUUCCCAUUAUUACCAAUACUAGCUUUAUUGGCAUUAACCUCAUGAUGACAUGCGCAUUUCAAUACACAUCAUCGAGUCACCAUGCGCAUCAUUAAGCCAUCGUGGCUAAGCCAUAAAGGCGAACAAAAAGACUUUGAGGUCUACAGCUGUCACAUAUCACCCGAUGGCAAAAGACUUGCAACCGCUGGUGGAGAUGGACACGUUCGAGUUUGGUCGACAGAAUCUAUCUACAAUGCCGACGAUCCAUCCUACAAAAAACCUAGGCAGCUCUGCCAUAUGAGCCACCAUCUAGGAACCAUACACUCCGUACGAUUCUCACCCAACGGCCGUUACCUUGCCUCUGGCGCAGAUGACAAAAUCAUAUGUAUAUAUCAACUAGAGAGUGGUCCUCCAACCAUUGCUCCUUUCGGAACGAACGAACCACCUCCCGUCGAGAAUUGGAAAACUUCGAGGCGACUAAUAGGACAUGAUAACGAUGUUCAAGAUUUGGCUUGGUCUUAUGAUGGCUCCAUUCUUGUUUCUGUCGGUCUAGAUUCUAAGGUUGUUAUCUGGUCAGGGCACACCUUCGAGAAGCUCAAGGUGCUGGGAAACCACCAAAGCCAUGUGAAAGGAAUUACUUUCGACCCUGCUAAUAAAUUCUUCGCUACCGCAAGUGAUGAUCGAUCUAUCAAGAUAUUCCGAUUUACCCCACCUGCCCCUAAUGCGACUCAACACGACAUGGUAAACAACUUUCAGCUCGAGACCACCAUUAGCUCCCCCUUUAAAUCGUCCCCUUUAACCACAUAUUUCCGAAGGUGCUCGUGGUCGCCAGAUGGCAACCACAUUGCUGCAGCUAAUGCAGUCAAUGGGCCCGUAAGCUCGGUUGCUAUAAUCGAGCGAACAAGAUGGGAUAGUGAAAUUAACUUAAUUGGCCACGAGGGUCCAACGGAAGUUUGCAUGUUCUCUCCUCGAUUAUUCCAUACCAAAAAACCAUUGGAAAAUGGAGCGGCUAAUGGCCACUCGGGAGGAGCAUUGGUAACGGUGAUAGCGUCUGCUGGCCAAGACAAAACCUUGAGUAUUUGGAACACGAACACGUCGAGACCUGUAGUUAUAUUACAGGACCUUGCAGCGAAAUCAAUCUCCGAUCUUGCCUGGACCCCUGAUGGACAAAUACUCUUCGCAUCGAGCCUUGACGGUGGUAUUGUUGCUGUCAAGUUUGACACUGGAGAAUUGGGGUGGGUGGCUAAUCUCGAAGAGACUGACAAGGCCCUCUCUAAAUAUGGAGCUUCACGGAAAGCCAUGGGUAUUGCUGAAGAUGUUGACGGGCUUCAGCUAGAAAACUAUAGCAAGGAGGGAGAAAGGAGAGGUGCCGAAUCGAGAAUGGGAGCUCUCAUGGGCGAUUUUCAUCCACUUCCCAAAGAUGCGCCCCCUGCAACAAAUGGGGUUAAGAACACCACUGCAUCGACACCAAACCCCCCAUCAACCAACGGACAGCCCGAUUCCCAACCAGAGAAGGAAAAGGCCGAUCAGGUUGCCCCCGCAGAAGAGACGGCUGAUAAAACCGCCCAGCGGGUAAACGAAUUAAAGUCACGCGUAACAAUUACUAAGGAUGGAAAGAAAAGAGUAGCACCAAUGCUCAUCUCCUCAUCCGGGACCGGUCAAUCUUCACUUCCUCAGAGCCAACUGGUUGGAUCUAGCUCGAAAGCCGCACAAAAUGAUGCACCGCAAACAAUAUUAGACCUCUCUAAACCGUAUGAUGGGCUACCUGAAGGUGGCUUAGCAGCUAUGCUGCUCGGCAAUAAGAGAAAAGCAAUUUCCCCUGAAGGAGAAGAAGACGAAGAGCAUCCAAGCAAACGGGCUGCUUCCGGGCCAAGAACGAUAAUGAGAAACGGGGCCGACAGCCUUGAGCCUGCGGCUUUGGAGCCCCUCAAUCACGGUCUAGUGCCAACGCCCGAAUAUCUCAGACCGGCGAUUCUGAACCCGUCUAUUGCUAUUUCCCAAGUUCGCCUAGCAGUCCCCAAGGUGAGAUCACAUAUUCUUCGUCCGUUAGAACGAGGUGUUCUGCUUGAAGAGGGUAGCCCAGAUGAAGCGUCAAAAGUGACUGAAAAUACUGUACUUGAAGCGAAGAACCCAGUGUCGAUCAGAGACCCGUCACACAUCACAGCAUCGAAACGAGGUACUUUACUGUGGCAAGAUUACCUCCCCCGUGCUAUCGUCCUUGUAACAGGCAGUAAGAGAUUCUGGGCUGCGGCCUGUGAGGAUGGUAGUUUGUAUACCUGGACACCAGCUGGACGCCGGCUCAUUAAUGCGAUGGUAUUGGAAUCUCAACCUGUCAUUCUGGAAUGUCGAGAUUGGUGGCUGCUGUGCAUCACAGCGGUUGGUAUAUGCCACGUUUGGAAUAUCAAUUCGCUUUCUUCACCUCACCCUCCAGUAUCACUUGCCCCCGUACUCGAGAUCGCAAUCAGCUCUCUUCAAACGCAUAGCGCCAUGCCAGCUCCCGGCGUCACUUCCGCGCAUCUGAACUCCAAUGGCCAUAUCGUUGUCACACUUACUAAUGGAGACGGAUACUAUUAUUCUCCCACUAUGUAUUCUUGGCAACGACUCUCCGAAUCCUGGUGGGCUGUAGGUAGUCAAUAUUGGAAUAGUAACGACUCCUCAGUUGGUGCUCUACAGUCUACAGCAGUCGGACCUGUAUCUUCUAAGGAUGGUCAAAGCGAGGAAGCUACUGUUUCAGCUGGCAUAAUUCCGUUCCUAGAGCGACAUACAACAAACGAGUUCUUACUAAAGGGUAGGGCAUACACACUGCAACGUUUGAUCAAGACCUUGCUGUCGAGAGACGGGUUCGAGUCUUUCGAGUCCAGCGUCAGCAUCGCCCACCUGGAGAACCGUAUCGCCGGUGCCUUACAACUAGGAUCAAAGGAAGAAUUCCGACUUUACCUAUUCAUGUACGCGAAACGGAUCGGAGCGGAAGGACAUCGAGGGAAGGUGGAAGAACUUCUCAAUAGCUUGCUAGGUGGGGUACUGCAAGAUAAGAAAGGGGAAGGUGAGGCGGGGGGUAAGGGAUGGUACAGCAAAGAAGACGACAUCUGCGGUUGGGAUCGAAAAGAACUGCUGAAAGGAGUGGUGAUGAUUCUAGGAAAAUUCAGGGAACUACAACGCCUGACUGUACAAUACGGACGAGUCCUCGACCUCACGCUGGAAGACGACAUAACCGGCGAUGCUAUGACGGUCGAUACGUAAAUGGGACGGUACUAUUAUUCACGGGGGAGUUACUAGGUUGUAAAUGGGAAGGGGCGUUUAGUUAUCGGAUCUUCAGACGUAGGUGCCAGUCCGAAAUGCCCUAAUUGACCGGUAUUACCUGCUUUAGCUACCUGUACUAUAUUUAGCUUCUUCAAUCCAUAAGGGCCUAUAGUGCUGGUGUCUGAUGC